CGCUAAGAAUUCGUUCAGCUCCUGCAGCCACUCCGCCUCCUAAUACCAGGCACUUCCCAACAAGCGCAGCCCUUCUUGGCUCUUUAAGUCUUCAUCGUCGAUCUUGCGCUUCGAGCAAGUAUUUAGCCACCUGGCGUGUAGAUAUGGUAUCGUGCCACCAAUUAUGGACUGUGGCACAAUGCCACUCUCUCGGAACAAGGUACGCGAGAACCCUUGCUUUUUACAACUCUACCAGAACGGAUGAUCUACUCUAGGGGGUAUUGGUCAAAUUGUCACCAGUGCAUCAAGAAUGAUCCACCGAAGAACGAACCUCUUCCUAAUUUAGAGCGUAUCAAUCCAGCAGUCAUGGUUUGCACGAAAUCAUUACUGUUUGCGGGAAUUCUGUCCCUGGCCUCUUCUCUUGCUGUCGACUAUGUCCCAGUAGCUACAGCAAUCUCGAAUAACGGGGCCUCGUUCAAUUUGUCUCCCACACCAGCUCCAGCUCCGGACGAGCUUCGACGAAGACAAGCAUCACAAAUUACGGUACAAACCCUGCUGGCAGCCCCCGAUAAUACUUGCGGGUAUUUCCAAGGAAACUCUGAUGCACCAUGGGGCUGUUCAACUGGGAAUUGUGUCUUCGCCACUCCAACGGCGGCGGCGGUAUCAAAUGGCACCAAGGGAGCAGGGGGCGUGUUGUGCUGUGAUCCCAAAACUGGCUGCCCAGCAGCGCCGGCUGCAACAGCAUGCGUAGGUCGAGAUGACUACAACAAAACCUGUACAGGAUCAUGUACCUCCGAUCCUGCCACAUUGAAAUGCACUUCAGGAAUCUAUCUCUGGUGCAACACCGUAACCUUCACAACACCAAACAUAUCCGCAUUCUUCUGUAACUACAUCUCCACGACCGAUCCUCUCCCUGCCCAGACGGCCUUUCCCGGACAAGCAGGACACGCACUCACAACCACGGUUGCGAAAUUCGCUACGACACCCGCCCCCAGCACCUCUCUCCCUUCUUCCCUAAAAUCCCCCACAGGAACGCACAGCGCUUCGGCCACAGCAGGAGCUAGCACCGGCGGGGCGGGGAAGUCGAAUAAAGGGGCGGUUAUUGGCGGUGCGGUGGGUGGCGUGCUUGGGUUGGCGUUGAUUGCUGGAGCAGUGAUCAUGUUUUUGAGGUGGAGGAAUAGCCGGGAGCCGGACCAGGGACAGAAAGGGGCCGCCAGUUCGACUGAAGAAGUGAGUGCACCAGCUACAGCGAAAGCUGAACCAGUUGUUACUGCAAGGCCGAAGUGAGAAGCAACUAGAUGUGGGAGUUUCGGUGGACAAACAUAGAAGGAAAGGGACGGUUCAAGAGGGGGAUAUGGGACGGCGUGCAUAAUUUUCAUGAGGAGUUAGUUAUUCUCUAAAGGAGGACCGCACAAGUGUCGCUUACAAGUACCGGAUAUAUAGUAAUGUCUAUAAAGGGGUUUAGUCAGCGAUAAUUUCCCCAUUACCGGAGAUGGGUAUAGAAUAGGUGGCAAUUUCAUUGUUCAUCAGACGCUGGUAAAAUCGAAC